AUGUCCUCGCAGAGCACGGCGCUUUCGAACGGUGCCAAGUCGGUAACCGGUGGACAGCCCGACGGGAACUCGGACGCGCGGGUCGUCUACGGCGACCGUCUGCGCUUCGUGCCGCGGAAUAUCCUUGUGACUGGCGGUGCCGGCUUUAUUGCCUCGCACGUUGUCGAACGGCUCGUGAGUCGAUAUCCCCAUUACCGCGUGACGGUACUGGACAAGCUCGACUACUGCUCGUCGCUGAGCAACCUCGCGCAGGUGGCAAACCGACCAAACUUCAAGUUUAUUCGCGGCGAUAUCCGCUCGCAUGACCUGGUGCUCUACGUGCUCCAGGAGGAGUGCAUCGAUACAGUGCUCCACUUUGCGGCGUGCACGCACGUCGACAACUCGUUCACGUCCUCGAUCCUGUUUACGGAGAACAACGUGCUGGGAACGCACGUCCUCCUGGAGUGCGCACGCCAGUACGGCAAAGUGCGGCGCUUCAUUCACGUCAGCACCGAUGAAGUGUACGGCGGCGAGAGCAACAUGGAGACAGAGUCAUCGAUCCUGGCACCCACGAACCCGUACGCAUGUAGCAAGGCCGCCGCCGAAUUCAUUUGCCGCGGCUACGUCAAGUCGUUCGGAUUGCCGGUGAUCAUCACACGCGGCAACAACGUGUACGGGCCGCACCAGUUCCCCGACAAGCUCAUUCCCAAGAGUAUCUGUCUGCUGGCGCAACGCCGGCCCUGCUUUGUACACGGCUCUGGUGAGCAUGCACGCAACUUUUUGUACGUCGAGGACGCGGCGAGCGCCUUUGACACCAUCCUGCAUUGUGGCGAGACCGAUGAGGUCUACAAUGUAGGCUCUGAGAUCGAGAAACGCAACAUUGACGUUGUGCACGACAUUAUCGAUCUCUUCGGCCUGUCUGCCGAGGCGAACCGCCACAUCGAGUUUGUCAAAGAUCGCACCCUCAACGAUAUGCGCUACAGGAUCGACUCGUCGAAGCUGCAUGCGCUGGGCUGGAGGCCGCAGGUGUCCUGGGAAGAGGGCCUGCGCCGAACCAAGACCUGGUACUGCGAUCCGAAUAACCUGAAGCGCUGGCCGAAUUAUCUCAGUGGCCUCGUACCGCAUCCGAGUCUUACCGAGGAGAAGCACUAG